CCAGUUUCAAUAUGUCAUUUGAAAUCAUGUCGGCAAGAGUCAUCGUAACGAUAUUCGGAUUAAAUACACUAUUAUCAAUAAAUUGUCAAUCUUUCUUCUCAGUUUUAAACUUCCAUAGUGAGUUGGUUGCACCAUUAAAUGGCAACAUUUCCACUAUGUAUUAUGUCGGAGUAAGUUUUACUUAUUGCAAAACCAUGUUUGAAGAAACAAAUAAUUCUUAUAAUGUGAUGAAUUAUAAACGUCUGUACACGUUAUGUGAAAUACAUGGAAAUACUGGCGCAAACGGUGAAACUACGCUGGACUCGGAUGCUUUGGGAUCGGUCACCAUCUUUAAAUACAGAACAGAAAGCGGAAAUUUAGCUUUGGACAAACAUGCCAAGCAAAGUUCGCAAUCAGCCCAAGACUCAGCCUCAGUUGCAGGGCUGGCGGUCGACGGAGAUAAAACUACGGACUAUCAUAAAAAAAUUAACGACUCUGUAUGGAUCUUUCACUGCUCGCAUACCGCAAAAAAUACCACUGGACAAUGGUGGAUGGUGGAUCUUGAGGAUAUGUUCCAAGUGUCUGAUAUCGUUGUCUGGGGAAGAGUUGAUUGCUGUUGGGAUGACAAGAUUAAAGGCCUCAUGGCUGCCGUUGGUGUAGGGGUGACGGGCAUGCAACCAUGUGGGGAACAAUUCCAAGGCCCGAGCUCAGAAAACCCCUUCAACUUCACAUGCACGCCUAGUCUGAUUGGAAGGUUUGUGAAAAUCUACCGGGAUGAUUCGAUGCCUAUUUCCCUUUGUGAAGUGGAAAUAUACAGCUAAGUUUGAGUAAUACAAACACACUGAAAAGUGUUAUUGAAGCAACACGGACGAAUCCAGAAACAAAUCAAUAAUUACUAUUACGAAAACGUAAAGAACACUGAGCUCCUUACUGCAUCGUGGUGAACGAGCAGCAAUCCCACAUACAUUAAGCUCUGUUCCUUCAAUGUUUCCGUCUGACUUGUUGAAACUCUAACUGUUUAAAGACCCGCUGACACAGAUAUAAGAAAAAAAAAACAUAAUAUGUAAAUAAGGUGUAAUUAGCGAUCUUGAUUUUUUGUGUAUUUAUAUGUGUUUGGCUAGUGCAUUGUGUGGGACCAAAAACAAACAGUAAUGGCAACAUCCAACUUCUGGUCAAACUUUCAUAAGAACAACUUUCCCUAUUGUAUCAAAAUGUAUCUUGCAGAUUAUAAACCCAAGUUAAUGCCCCGAUCAAUCAUCAAAUAACAGCAACUUCGUUCAUUGCUCUAUCGGAGAAGGUGGAACGUGUGUUUCAUAUGUUAUGUUUUGAUUUUAUAGAGUUCUGUAGCCAAUUGUAUAAAACUAAACUAGUUCAUUCUUUGGUCUGGUCAAAGUUAACCCGACUGCAACCGGAAACACUUUUUCCAAUGACGUCACAAUAACGCGGGAAAAGAUCAACCACUUUAAAUCACUUUUAAACGUAAAAUUGAAACACUUUUGGCAACAAUACAUUUAAAAUAUAAUAAAUUAACUCUUUCUAAAAUGUUGAUUUAUAUUUUACGGGACCUGCUGACACAAUACAAACAAUAACAAGAUCAAUAGUUUUCAUGUAUAUUGUUAUGCGAUGAAUUGCGAUCCGAACAUAUCCGAAGAUGUUGCGUUCAUCGAUUGAUAAACGCAAUUGCCGAAAGGCAGUUUAUUGACGGAAUGGAAGUUGAGGUGUAAAUAUUGGCACAUAACUUAACUACAUUCCUAUAUCGUGCUUGUAAAUUUGAAUUAUGUGAUGUCAUACUAUUUAAGUAAAAUGCAUACAAAAUGUUGAAUAAAUCCAAAUCGUCACAAAAAAGAAAAGAAAAAAGCUUUUUAUCUGGAAAAGAAAUACCUAUAUUCAAUUCGUGAAACCGAGGAUAAUGGAAAUCUGACAGUGUUUGAAGAAACUUGACAAGUUAUUAAUUUUUAAUCAUCUUUGGAAUACCUCUAGGGGGCAAUACAUAAUUUUCCGGACACACUGUCAGUAUGAGAUUCUCUACCAUUAUUUGAUUCAUAUCAACGUUCCUCUGUGCACGAUCCAUAGCAACACCACCUAUAAAUAAUGUAUUAUAACAUUUAAACAUAAUAAUGCCAUUCAUCGACGCUCGAACGCAGUUUCUCCGAUUUCCAUUUACAUCAUAUUUUAUUGACAAUGAUUUUAAUUGUUUGUCGUUUAGCUAUAUAUUUUUGUAUCAGUUAGCAUAUUUGAUUUUCAUUCUGAGGCUAACAUUUCAUAACGCACCUUUUCGUUUUUGAAAUACAGCCGUGUUUCCAUGGAUGGAAUCGGCGAUAUGUAAUGCUGACAUUUUAUUACGAGUAAAUACUCAAUUGUAUAGUAAAAAUAUCAUCAUAAAUAUGAGAUGUUCCUUAAUCUCACUUUUUUGACCAUUUGUUAGCUUGUUACUGGCAAAGCUUUGUUAAUUCUGAAAACAGCAAUUAGUAAUUAUUGUUAUUAUGUUUAUCAUAACCGACUUGAAAUAAAGAUUAUCUUAUCUGUUAUGUGUUAUCUUAGCUGACACUGACAUUUAAAUGUAACAAUACAGGCCAAGCGUGUUUUCUCGUUUCGAUAUACUACGUCACUACUAAAGGAGAAUCAAUACGGAACUCCGCGGCCAUUUUUAUCGAAAACAACCUCGGAUGUAUAUGGGUGGUUUACAUACUCAGAAAUCGAUAUGUUUAAGUCCGCUGCAAGAAGAUCGCGUAGUAAUUUAAUUUAGCAGUUAAACUUAAUGACUUAACUCUUGGGAAUCUUAAUAAUGUUUGCAAUAAUACACAUCACUGGCAAUCAAUUUAAACUUGGAUCAACAAAGACAAGCUAAAACACUACAUUUCAUUAAUGAUUUAAUUUAAAAUUUUACGAACAACGUCUACUGAUGAACCGGCAAACAUCCUAUGUUGUUUUCGAUAAAAAUGGCCGUGGUGCUCAGAAUGCUAAGACUCAUGUAUGUUUAAUUUAUCCAUUUACAUGUAUGUAUAGUGUGUUGGUUGCCGUGCGUCUCCGUUUUGCUUUCUCCAAUA